UGUAUCUAUAAUAACUAUGUUGGUAGGUGCUAGGUGGUACUAAGUAGAAGGGGAGCUUCGGCUAGAUAGGCAGCAUUCAAUAAAGUUUUAGUACUUUAUUAAACUCGAUGAACCUAGAAAAAAUAAAUAAACCAGUGCUAGUGCAGUACCUGUUCUCUCAGAUUACCUAAGCCUGUUCUAUAUUUUAAUAACUUUUCUAUGUAAUGAGACAGUCACAUGUGUAAUACAUCUUUACUACUUGAGGCUUUUCAAAUUCUUCCAACAGCUGUUUUCAUAACUGCAUUGUAAUUUUAUUUAAUUCACUAAAAUUAGAAGUUCUAUCUAUGUAGUUGCUAACAUGACUUUUGUUAGUGUGAUUGUGUUCAGUGCUUUGGUCGCGGGAUGUGUGUGCUCGGAGCAGCUUCGGUUCCCGGCGUGGUUCAAGUUCGGCGCCGCUUCCGCCGCCUACCAGGUGGAGGGGGCCUGGAACGUUAGCGACAAAGGUUUGAGUACUUGGGACAAGUCUCUCCACGAUAACUCCAGCUUAGUGCGAGACAAGAGCAACGGCGACGUGGCGUGCGACUCCUACCGCCUGUGGAGGCGAGACGUGCAGAUGUGCGCCGAGCUGGGGCUGGACAUGUAUAGGUUCUCUAUAUCGUGGUCUCGCCUGCUCCCCACUGGCUUCCCCAACCUGAUCAGCGAGGACGGCAGGAACUACUACAACAACCUGAUAGACGGGCUCCUGGAGAAGGGGAUCGAGCCUUUCGUCACUAUCUACCACUUUGACUUGCCGCAGGAUUUGCAGGAUUUAGGUGGCUGGGCCAACCCCCAAAUCAUCACCUGGUUUACCGACUACGCAGAAGUGGUGUUCUCUCUUUAUGCUGACCGAGUGAAGUACUGGGUCACGUUGAACGAGCCUUUCGGCAUCUGCGAUCUGGGUUACGGCGGCAAGUCGGCGCCUUUUUUGUAUUCCGACAAAGUCGGGCGGUAUUUGUGUAACAAGCACGUAUUGAUGGCCCAUGCUAAGGCGUAUAGACUUUAUGAGAAGCAAUUCAAACCACAGUAUAACGGAAAAUUAUCUAUUUCAAAUAUAUUCUUUUGGUUUCUGCCCGCCACACCCGACGAUCAAGAUGUUACUGACUUAACUAAAGAAUACUUUGAAGGGAGGUUCGGUCACGCAAUUUAUUCGAAAAAAGGUGGGUGGCCACCGAAAUUAGAGCAGUUUUUGGCAGAAAACUCUAAGAAAGAAGGUUACCCUCAUCCCAGAUUGCCUCCUUUCACUUCUGAGGAAGUAGAGUUGGUUAGAGGAACGUAUGACUUCUACGCACUCAACCACUAUACAAGUCGGGUUGUCCGCAAGGCCCAGCCCGGUGAGGAGGUCGGCGAGUGGCCCUACACAGGAUCCAAAGAACUUGGCAUCCAUCUCGACAGCGACCCUUCAUGGAACAAAACUGCUGUCAAAUGGUUUACUGUGUACGCCGAAGGUCUUCGGAGCGAGCUUCAUUAUCUGAACUCUACUUAUGGCGUGAAGGAGAUCAUCAUCACGGAGAAUGGACUCCCGACAUCCGACGACGGACUGGCCGAUACCGAUCGAAUACAAUAUUACAAAGGGUAUUUGGAACAGUAUAAAGUUCGGUCUCUAUGCAGUAAACUUCACAGACCCAAACAGGACACGGACGCCGCGCGAAUCCGCACGCUAUUAUAACAGUGUCAUAAGAAGCCGUUUGGUAAACCCUGAUAAUCAUACAAUUGA